AUGGGGGGCGCGCUGGCCGAGAUCCUGAGCGUGAAGGACAUCGGCGGGGGGCGCAAGCUCUUCUACGUGCACUACAUUGACUUCAACAAGCGGCUGGACGAGUGGGUGACGCCCGAGCGCUUGGACCUCAACAAGAUCCAGCUGCCCAAGAAGGAGGCCAAGACGCCCACCAAGAACGGGCUGCCCGGCUCGCGGCCCGGCUCGCCCGAGCGCGACCCCGACUCGCAGGACUCGUCGGACGGGCUCCCCGCGGCCGCGCCGCGCAUGACGGGCAGCCUGGUGUCGGACCGCAGCCACGACGACAUCGUGACGCGCAUGAAGAACAUCGCGAGCAUCGAGCUGGGCCGCCACCGCCUCAAGCCCUGGUACUUCUCGCCCUUCCCGCCGCAGCUGGCGGCGCUGCCCGUGCUCUACGUGUGCGAGUUCUGCCUCAAGGCGGCCCGCAGCCUGCGCUGCCUCCAGCGCCACCUG